AUGCUCGUUCGGUCACUGAGGUCGACCCCACCGCCAAGCCUCUGCGCGCGUGCGUGCUCUAUCCCAGGCUCGUUUAUUCCGAGAACUGCGCUCCAGGCAGUGUCUAGAGGCCCACGCUCGCACUUCUCUCUCUUCCGUACCAUGACCAUCAUGCAGCAACCCGGUCCAGAGGCCGCGCACAAGCUCGUCGAUUUCCUCAAUGCCUCGCCCACACCCUUCCACGCCGUCCAGGCUGCCACCGCCCGCUUGGAGAAGGCUGGGUUCGUGAAGGUCAAGGAGCAGGAUGAUUGGGAGAAGAGCCUCAAGCCUGCGGGCAAGUACUUCUUCACCCGCAACCAGAGUGCUCUCGUCGCAUUCACGGUCCCACAGAAGUGGCAGCCUGGCGCCGGUGUGUCCAUCGUCGCAACUCACAUUGACAGCCCCAACCUGCGAAUCAGGCCUAUAUCGAAGCGUACUAAGGCUGGCUAUCUCCAAGUAGGCAUCGAGACCUAUGGCGGCGGUAUCUGGCACUCUUGGUUCGACCGCGAUUUGGCUUUGGCGGGCAGAGUUGUCAUCGCAGACAAGAACGGGAACUUCCACGCUAAGCUUGUGAGGAUCAACAAGCCUCUGCUCCGGAUCCCAACUCUCGCCAUUCAUUUGGAUAGACUCUCCGGAGAUAACUUCCAGUUCAACACGGAAACUGAGUUUGUCCCCAUCCUAGGGCGUGUGUCGGCACAGCUCAACUCGUCGCCGAAAGAAGGCGCAGGAUCGGCUCCAGGCGCUUCAAGCAUCCAAGACAACCACCACCCUGCGCUUUUGUCACUAUUGGCCGAAGAACUUUCCGUCUCGCCCGAAUUGAUCCAUGACUUCGAACUCCACUUGUACGACUUCCAGCCCUCCACUCUCGGCGGGUUGAACAACGAGUUCGUGUUCAGCCCUCGAUUGGACAAUCAAUUCUCUUCGUUCGCAGCCGUCGAGGCGAUAGCGACCUUCGCCUCUUCGUCAUCUUUCAACGUUCUUGACGGCAACGUGAACUGCAUUGCGCUCUUCAACCACGAAGAGAUUGGCUCUGUGUCGACAUCCGGCGCGGAGUCGUCCCUCAUCCCGUCCCUGCUGCAGCGUCUGUCUCCCUCUCCUGCCGCAUACGCCCAGUCCAUCGCGCGUUCCUUCCUCGUGAGCGCGGACAUGGGGCACGCAGUGCACCCGAACUACACCAGCAAGCACGAGGACAACCACACGCCCCAUGUCAACGAGGGCGUGGUCAUCAAGACGAACGCGAAGCAGCGCUACGCGAGCGACGCCAUCGGCAGCUUCAUCGUCAAGAAGCUCAUCGAGAAGAAGGGCGGCAAGGUGCAGGAGUACGAGGUCCGGAACGACAUGGCGUGUGGUUCCACCGUCGGCCCGAUGCUGUCGAAGCUCGGCGUGCGCACCGUGGAUGUCGGCUGCGCGAUGCUCUCGAUGCACUCUAUCCGCGAGACCGCCGGGUCGGACGACGUACAGAACGCGAUCGACCUGUUCUCGUCUUUCUUCGAGGGCUUCGCGGAGCUCAACAAGUCGCUCAACAUCGAGUGAUGUAAUGUAUGUACAACCAAGAGGGCAUACCUCACGAUUUAUACCCUUUGGCGCCCUGGGAUACACGAGGCGUGUGUUCCUGAGACCUCCC